UGUUUCUCUUUGUUUCAUGUGAGAAUAAAAAAAAAAAAAAAAAAAAAAAAACAGAAGAACAAAAGAAAAAAAUUAUUUACUGUUAGUAAAAUAAUUAAAAAAGAAGUUUCACGAUUUCGUUCGUAAAAUAUUUUUGCAAUAACGAAAUAUAAAACAUCUUACUUACUUAAUUGGAAGUUUCAAUGAUAUGGAAUAUUUACUUAUGAAACACCUUGUAUUAUUUUCCUUUAAAAAAAAAAAUAUAUAUAUAUAUAGUAAAAGGAUAAUAUCUUAGAUGACUCUGAGAGAAGUUGAGAACUUGUUCUUUCUUCCGCGAAUAUCAUUACUUUCAACGCGAAGAACACGUGCUUCGAAUGUUUUCUGCUAUAUGGCAUUGUCGAGAAGUUGACAUGUGGGCCACACGACUACGCUACGACUACGACAACGAGGACAACAACAAUAACGACAAUGACAACGGCAACGACAACAACAUCAACGUUAUAGAGAAACGUACGAGGACGCUGAAAGAAACGAAAGGUCUCGCGAAUUACUUUUUUUCUGUUUUCUUUUUCUUCUCGAUUUAUUUCACCAAAUAUUCAAAGCCUGUCGUCGUCCCCAUGUGUUUUUCGGAAAACCGGAGUCCAAUAGAAAGCAACACAACGAGGACGACGGGCCGAUGCAACAGGCGGCCGAAGGUUCCGUUCUUUUACGACCGAAAGAGAAAGCAAGAGAAACGUAUAUCCCGAGAGUGAGAGUGAAAAACUCUGCGGGAUAGGACGAACGAACGAACGGAUACUCGAAUGGAUAUAGUGAGAAAGAGAGAUGGAAUACGAAA